AUGAGUCACCGGCCGCUGGGCUGGGGCGCCGAAGCCGUGGCCACGGGGCCCGAGCCUGAGCCCGAGCCCGAGCCCGAAGUGGAGGUGUACCGGCGCGACUCCAGGAAACUGCCCGGCCUCGGGGACCCCGACGUCGACUGGGAGGAGAGCGUCUGCCUGAACCUCAUCCUGCAGAAGCUGGACUACACGGUGACCUGCGCCGUGUGCACGCGCGCCGACAGCGGCGACAUCCACAUCCACAGGAAGAAGUCCCAGCAAGUGUUCGCGUCCCCCAGCAAGCACCCCAUGGACAGCAAAGGGGAGGAGUCCAAGAUCAGCUACCCCAACAUCUUCUUCAUGAUCGACAGCUUCGAGGAGGUGUUCAGCGACAUGACGGUGGGGGAGGGAGAGAUGGUCUGCGUGGAGCUGGUGGCCAGCGACAAGACCAGCACGUUCCAGGGCGUCAUCUUCCAGGGCUCCAUCCGCUACGAGGCGCUCAAGAAGGUGUAUGACAACCGGGUGAGGCGGCCGGCCGGCGUGGCCCGCCGCACCACCUACCUCACUGCGCGCCAGGCCCCGGCCGGGCUGCCGGCGCCCCCAGCCAGGGCGGGCGGGUUGGUGCUUCCUGGGUGCGGAGCGGGAUGGGGCAGCACGCGGCCCGGGUGCGAGAGGCCCCAGGGCGCCGUCCAGGGGCCUGUGCCCAUGGGUCGGGGCGGCCGGACCGGCCGGAAUGGACGCCGCUCUUCCCUCGGGAGCCGCUUCCCCCGGGCAGUCGGGGCUGCCGACGCCGGGCUGACCUUGGGACCGUGGCCAGCGGGCGGCCGGGGGUGA